GAGCCACAUCCCAAAACAGAAACGCUUUCAGCCAUUGCGCGCGCCUCCCGGGGGUGCAGCCCUGCUCCAGGCUUUUUCGUAGACGCACGGGCAAUUGAAUACAAAAAGGGCAGGCCUCCUGCGCCCUCCUUCCCACCCCCCUUCCUGCCCUGGGUGUGGAGCACCGGCCAGGUGUGGGCUUGGGUGGUUGGUUACCGCCUUUUGCACCAGCGGCAGCGAGGAGGGGGGGGUGGGCGCUCUUUCUUUUUCUCUUAGAAGAGGGUUUUAGCACUGGUUUUCUCGUUCUCACUUCCACCCCACCUCACCGCCUCCCGACCCCCCUUCUCCCCCCUCCCCACCUAUCGUCAUGACGGCGUCUCCGGAUUACUUGGUGGUGCUUUUUGGGAUCACUGCUGGGGCUACCGGAGCCAAACUGGGCUCGGAUGAAAAGGAGCUGAUCCUGCUGUUAUGGAAAGUCGUGGAUCUGGCCAACAAGAAGGUGGGACAGUUGCACGAAGUACUAGUUAGACCGGAUCAGUUGGAAUUGACGGAGGACUGUAAAGAAGAAACUAAAAUAGACGCCGAAAGCUUAUCCUCCGCGCCACAGCUGGACCAAGCCCUCCGACAGUUUAACCAGUCAGUGAGCAAUGAGCUGAAUAUUGGGGUAGGGACUUCCUUCUGUCUCUGUACUGAUGGGCAACUUCACGUCAGGCAAAUCCUGCAUCCAGAAGCUUCCAAGAAGAAUGUAUUACUACCUGAGUGCUUCUAUUCCUUUUUUGAUCUACGAAAAGAAUUCAAGAAAUGUUGCCCUGGCUCACCUGAUAUUGACAAACUGGAUGUUACAGCAAUGACAGAAUGUUUAAACUUUGACAAGCAUAGUUCAGUCUCCCGAUAUGGAGCCUCUCAAGUUGAAGAUAUGGGAAAUAUAAUUUUAGCAAUGAUUUCAGAGCCCUACAAUCACAGGUUUUCUGAUCCAGAGAGAGUAAACUACAAAUUUGAAAGUGGCACUUGCAGCAAGAUGGAACUUAUUGAUGACAACACUGUGGUCAGGGCACGAGGUUUACCAUGGCAGUCUUCGGAUCAAGAUAUCGCAAGGUUCUUCAAAGGACUCAACAUUGCCAAGGGAGGUGCAGCACUUUGUCUGAAUGCCCAGGGCCGAAGGAAUGGAGAAGCCCUGGUUAGGUUUGUAAGUGAGGAGCACAGAGACCUAGCACUGCAGAGGCACAAACAUCACAUGGGUACGCGGUACAUUGAGGUUUACAAAGCAACAGGUGAAGAUUUUCUUAAAAUUGCUGGUGGGACAUCCAAUGAGGUAGCCCAGUUUCUCUCCAAGGAAAAUCAAGUCAUCGUCCGGAUGCGGGGUCUCCCUUUCACAGCCACAGCUGAAGAAGUGGUAGCCUUCUUUGGACAGCAUUGCCCCAUCACUGGGGGCAAAGAAGGCAUCCUUUUUGUCACCUACCCAGAUGGUAGGCCAACAGGGGAUGCUUUUGUCCUCUUUGCUUGUGAGGAAUAUGCACAGAAUGCAUUGAGAAAGCACAAAGACUUAUUGGGUAAAAGAUACAUUGAACUCUUCAGGAGCACAGCAGCUGAAGUUCAGCAGGUGCUGAAUCGAUUCUCCUCGGCCCCUCUCAUUCCACUUCCAACCCCUCCCAUUAUUCCAGUACUACCUCAGCAAUUUGUGCACCCUACAAAUGUUAGAGACUGUAUACGCCUUCGAGGUCUUCCCUAUGCGGCCACAAUAGAGGAUAUCCUGGACUUCCUGGGGGAGUUUUCCACAGAUAUUCGUACACAUGGGGUUCACAUGGUAUUGAAUCACCAGGGCCGUCCAUCAGGAGAUGCCUUUAUCCAGAUGAAGUCUGCGGACAGAGCAUUUAUGGCUGCACAGAAGUGUCAUAAAAAAACCAUGAAGGACAGAUAUGUUGAAGUCUUUCAGUGUUCAGCUGAGGAGAUGAACUUUGUGUUAAUGGGGGGCACUUUAAAUCGAAAUGGCUUAUCCCCACCGCCAUGCCUGUCUCCUCCCUCCUACACAUUCCCAGCUCCUGCAGCUGUGAUUCCUACAGAAGCUGCCAUUUAUCAGCCCUCUGUGCUUCUGAAUCCACGAGCACUGCAGCCCUCCACGGCAUAUUACCCAGCAGGCACUCAGCUCUUCAUGAACUACACAGCAUACUAUCCUAGCCCCCCAGGUUCGCCUAAUAGUCUUGGCUACUUCCCUACAGCUGCUAAUCUUAGCGGUGUCCCUCCACAGCCUGGCACGGUGGUCAGAAUGCAGGGCCUGGCCUACAAUACUGGAGUUAAGGAAAUUCUUAACUUCUUCCAAGGUUACCAGUGUUUGAAAGACAUAUUGUGAUCCUGAAACGAUCAGACACAAGAAAACUUCUAGCAAUUUCAGGUGAAGUUUGUCUACACUCAGGCUGCAGUAUUUCAGCAAAUGUAAUUGGACCAUGGGCCUUACUUGUGCCUUAUUUUUGGUGGAGUGAAAAAUUUGAGUCAGCAAAGCCAAAUCCUAAUAGCACCAUGCAGCAUAUAUACCUGGCUCCUUGUUGAUUACAGAUAGGCAUUUAAAUGUGAAUUUGAAAUCAAAUGUCUCUAUUACUUCCAGCUAAUGUGGCAUCAGAGGUGUUUCCUAAGUUUAAAUCUUGGAUUAAAAAAUACUCCACUAGUGUCUUCACUGUUAACUGUUCUGGAAGGUUCAUUUUUGUGUAUUCACCCGCUUCUUUCUGUCUCUCUUUUCUGUCCACUUAUGCUUGAAGUAAUUCAAGCAUAAGGUCUUGGAAUGACUAAAUCACAAACUUGUAAAAGGAUUAAAACCAAUAUUCUCUUGAUCUCUUAGUGAUCAUGAUAUCUUAUAGUUUAAAACCAAGUAACAUGAUUUUAAAAACACCUGAUGAUAAUUUAGAACCUGCACCUAGUUAAAAAGGUUUGGAUUUCUUCUCAGCAGGUACUGGUUGUAAAUAGGAAUGAAGUAGGGGCCAAAAUGCAAAACCAAAAAUGAAGCAGCUACAUGUAGUUAGUCAUUUCUAGUUUGAACUGUAACUGAAUAUUGCGGCUUCAUAUGUAUUAUUUUAUAUUGUACUUUUUUUCAUUGUUGAUGGUUUGAACUUUAAUAAGAGAAACCCAAUAGUUUUUAAUAUCACAAAAAUAAGACUAUUUGAACAGUGUAUUCUAGAAAGCAAUAUACUAACUGAAGUGAUUGCUUGUAUAUAUUAAGAUAGCCUUAAACUUUUUUCUCUGAUGCCUUACUGUCAAAUACUUAAAACUUUUUAAAGCAUAGGACUGUAGUCAGCAUGCUAGACUGAGAGAUAAACACUGAUGCUGUUAGAGCAAAGUGUUUAACACUAUGUGUUUAGCUGUGUUAAUGCUACAAAAGUGCAAUAUUAGACACUAGCUAGCUAGUACUGCUGCCUUAUGUAACUCCAAAGAGGAAAACAAUUUGGUUAAGUGCACAUAUUUCUUUGUUACUCAUUUGUCUUUUGCUUGGAUGCAAUGCCAUGUGGAUUUUUGUGGCUGCUAUUUUUAUUUACUUUGCAUUAUUUUGAUUAACAUCUCGAAUGGAGAGCCAAACACUACCUUCUUUACCUGACCAGCAAUUGCCCAUUAACUGCAGUAGUAAAAAAGACAGAAAAAAAAUUUGUGAAAAAUUGAUAAGAACUGGCACUUAAGAUCAGAAAAAAAGUUCAUUAUACUUGAUGCCUUAAGAUGCUCUCUUCCCAAAGUUCUAGAAGACUAAGAUAGGCAGUGAUACUACAAUACUACUGAGUUUUUGUAGAAUUGUUACAUUUGAUAAUAAAACUUGCCUGCUUAAUC